AUGGCACGAAGCUCUUCACCCUUGCCAAUCCGGCAUUCAAACGCUCUACCUCGCACCCCAUCGCUCGCUCGCAAUACAAUAACCAUUGACGAUGCCGAUGAAAUAACGGAUACAAUUCCCUGCUCUCCAUCUGCCUUUUUUCGAGACCGAGAUACUACAACAACACAGCCAACGCAAGUCCUUCAGAAUCCUGGACUUGCUCCCAUGCGAAGCUCUUCUCCUGCAAGCAGUAUUAUUGAAGUUCCUGCGUCCUCGCCCUUUCAACAACCUAAGAAGCAUACACCUCUUGGUAAUAGACUUGCCCCUGCCGGCACCUUUUUCCGCCCUCCACAGCGACCUCCUCCUGCGAUGACCAACAAGCGACCAGCCGUUGAGCCUAUUAAUCUCAUCUCCGACGAUGAGGACGACCUCACACCUCCCCGUGGCGAUAUUCGACCGACAACGUUUAAGGCACAGAUUUCGGCAUUCGCAUACAAUCCCGAAUCAGAAAGCUCGGAAAGGGUCAUCAAGAAUAAACUCCGGCAGAUUUAUGAUGUUUACGGAGAUAGAGUGCCCUCGCACAAGGCCAAGGAAGCUUUGAGUGCGUGCAAAAAUGAUCUCACAGAAGCACUGAAUUAUCUUGGACGACAAAUGCGUCAGCCCAAACAGCCGGCUCCCAUCCCUAAACCUGGCAGACGUCUGGUUAGCAAGGCGGCUCUCCAAUCAUCAGCAGCAGCUAGCCGGGCCGGCUCUCGCUCACUGUCUCGCACGGCAUCCCCCAGCCCUGUGAAGAAACCCCGACGACGACUAGUACAAGGUCUCCGAAAGCCCUCAAUCCCUUCGUCUCCAGCAUUCCCUUCCUCCCCCCCGGCCCAUGCCUCAAGCGACGAUCCACUAAUUAUUGACCUUGUCGACGAUGGGAAGGAGGAUACGUAUCAGGCUGAGGCAUCGCCAGAGCCUUUGGACGAUGAGGAUGACCGGGUGCUGACAUGUCUCAACACAAGCACUGUUCAAGAACUAGCGGCUAUGACAGGCAUGAAAGAAGAGCAACUUGCUUGUAUGAUCGAGAAGCGACCAUUUGAUGACAUUUCGAAGGCUAGGCGUGUCACCGUCGGUAAAAAGCCUGGCGCCCGAAAGGCUUCCAAAGUCAGCAUUGGAGAGAAUGUUGUGGAGGCUGUCGAAGUUUUUAUCGAUGCAGUUGCCGCGAUCGACAAUGUUGUUGGCAAGUGUGACCGCGAUGCAAAAGAUAUCAAGCAGCAGCUUGAUACCUGGGAUAUCGAUACAUUUGGGCAUAGUAAGCGAGAGCGAAGCCAAAACUCAGACGAUCUCCCCCCAACUCCUACAAGCAUCAGCGCGCCCAGAUACGUGCGCCCGCCUAUUGCCCAUCAGCCCAAGUACAUGGAUGGGCAUUGCCAAAUGAAACCUUUCCAGCUUGUAGGCCUGAAUUGGAUGUCCCUCCUCUACAAGUUUAACAUAGGCUGUAUCCUCGCCGAUGAGAUGGGACUGGGUAAGACUUGUCAAGUCAUUUCACUCAUGUGCCACCUUGUUCAGGAGUACGAGGAAAGCAAAGACGGAAAACGAACCCGGCCUUGGCCCAAUCUCAUUGUCGUUCCCCCAAGUACCUACAAGAACUGGCUUGGAGAAUUUGAGAAGUUUGCUCCAGGCCUUUCAGUGAUCGGAUACCGAGGUUCCCAGGCAGAGCGAGCAGAGAUCGCAUAUGAGAUCGAACAUGAGCCCGAAGCCUUUCACGUCGUGCUUGCAACAUACUCUCAGAUCAACAACGACGCGGACAUUGAGGCUAUGCAGUCUAUUCGACUGCACACUGCCAUUUUUGACGAAGGCCACAAGAUGAAAAACCCUGAGACUAAGAUUUACAAAGAUCUUCGCCGUAUUCCAGCAUCAUGGAAGAUGCUCCUAACAGGAACCCCUGUUCAGAACAACUUGUUGGAGAUGACUUCACUCCUCAACUUCAUAAACCCCAAUAUUUUCAACGGUUGUAUGCAACACAUUCAGUACAUCUUUAGCCAAAAGGUCACUAUCAGGGACGUUUCAAACGGUGCUUUUCUGUACAGUGAACGUGUCAAGAGAGCCAGAACAAUCUUGGAACCGUUCAUUCUUCAGCGUCGAAAAGACCAAGUUUUGUCAGAUAUGCCUCCCAAGAUCUGCAAUGUCGUCCGCUGCGACAUGGACGAGAACCAAAAACAAGUGUAUGCCGAGUACGAAGAGAUGUUCAAGCUUGAGCCUUCCAAGCGCGCCACAAAAGUCCGCGGCCGUGGAAAUGACCAGAACAAUUGCUGGAUGCAGCUUCGCAAGGCAGCACUUCAUCCGCUCCUUUUCAGGCGGCAUUUUGAUGACAAGAAAGUUGAGAAGAUGGCUCGAAUCCUUAUGGAUAGUGUCUCUCAGGAUGACCUCCGUCAACCCGACAUUAAGCAUCUAAUCCAAGAACUCAAGGACUCUUCAGAUUUUGGACUUCACCUCUGGUGUCGUGACUACCCAGGCCUUCUCGGAAAGUUCGACAUCCCUCCGGAGACCGAGAUGGACAGCGGAAAGGUGAAGAAACUCCUUGAGCUCAUCAACCAGUAUCAGGAGAACGGUGACCGAGUCCUUGUGUUCAGCAAAUUUUCUCGUGUCAUUGAGCUGCUGCAGGAAGUGCUCGCUCAGCUGAAUAUUCAGCAUCGAGUCUUGAUGGGGAGCACCAAUGUUGUGGAGAGACAGACGCUGAUUGACGAGUUCAAUGAUGACCCUGAUAUUCCAGUGUUCUUACUCACAACCGGAGCAGGUGGCACAGGUAUCAACCUUACGGCUGCCAACAAGGUCAUCAUCUUUGACCAAUCGGAUAACCCUCAAGAUGACAUCCAGGCCGAGAACAGAGCUCAUCGUCUUGGUCAGAAACGUGACGUCGAAAUCAUUCGACUUAUCGCUUCCAAUACUAUAGAGGAGCUCAUCUACAAAGCUUGUCAGAAAAAAAUCGAGCUUGCAAACAAGGUCACUGGUGCUGUAACUGACGAAGAUCCCGGUGUGACAGAGCAGACCCUCGAGACAGAGGUCCGCAAGAUGCUCAUGGAGGAACAAAUGACGCCUCCUUAG